CUUCAAAACACAAUCCGACCUUUUCUCCUCAGUCAGUCAGUCAGUCGAUGAGUCGGUGAGUCAGUCAGUGCUGGACGCUGGAGAUGCACAAUGAAGAGACAAGAGUCCCGCUAAGAUCCGUACUCUGGGGAUGUUUUGAUCGAGCAGGAGAGGUCAAGCGUCAAGAUGGAUUACAAAUACGAUGAUGGAAUAGAACUGCUGUUGGCUCACAUGAAUAUCGAGGACAUCAUCAACGCCGCCGAGAGCCUGUAUCAGAUCCGGGAGGAGGAGGCGGAGGAAGGAGGCUUGUCGUUCGAAGAGGAAGGUCUCUCCCAGGAGGAGAUGGAUGAGAACGAUGAGGCGGGGGAGUCGGGGGCUGAGCAUAAGGGUGGCGGGGCGGGUGGUGUCCGGUACGGGACGGUGGCAGACCUCCUGUCCUUUGUCAACCUGCUCUCGAGCAUGCAGGUGGCCGCCCUGCAGCACCUGCCUCGGGAGAUGGGGGUCCUGCUGAAUAAGAAGGACAUGGCUGUGAAAAAAGGCCGCUACCAGAUAGACACGGAUGUGCUCCUGUUUCCAUGGAAGUUGACCUACAAGAAUCCCGGCUGUGGUCUCGUCCCCAAGGGCUCAUUUGGGAAAGUCCACUUGGCUCAGGACAGGGCCACCAGGAAGAGGAUGGCUUGCAAACUGAUCCCCAUGGAGAACUUUAAAGCCGCCGACGUGGAGUUCCAGGCCCGGUUCCGACACGAGAACAUCGCCGAGCUCUACGGCGCCCUGCUCUGGGACCAGAGUGUCCACCUGUUCAUGGAGGCCGGGGAGGGCGGCUCGGUCCUGGAGAAGCUGGACAGCUGCGGGCCCAUGAGGGAGUUCGAGAUCAUCUGGGUGACCAAGCAAGUCCUGCGCGGCCUGGAGUACCUGCACUCUCAUAAUGUCAUCCACCACGACAUCAAACCCAGUAACAUUGUCCUGAUGACAGACAAGGCAGUUCUUGUGGACUUUGGCCUCACGGUGCAGAUGACUGAGGAUAUUUACAUCCCGAGAGACCUGAGAGGAACAGAGAUGUACAUGAGUCCAGAGGUGGUUCUGUGCCGAGGACACGACACCAAGACGGACAUCUACAGCCUGGGCACCACCAUCAUCCACAUGCAGACUGGUAGCCCUCCCUGGGUCCGCAGAUACCCCCGCACCGCCUACCCAUCCUACCUCUACAUCAUCCACAAGCAGGCACCGCCUAUGGAGGACAUAGCGGAGGACUGCAGCCUCGCCAUGCGUUCCUUCCUGGAGCGAGCCCUGGAGAGGAACCCCGCUCUGCGGAGUUCGGCGUCCGAGCUGCUGAAGGACGAGGCCAUCAACCCGCCCAAGGAGGAUCAGCCGCGCUGCUGGAGCCUUGACUCUGCGCUGGAGGAGGCCACCCACGCGAUGCUGCGGCAGCAGAGCCAGCACCAUGACACCACACAGGAAUCAUCUCUGUACUCCGAGGACUCUGGCCACAUGAGAAGAAAGGGCUCCUUGUACAUUGACCUGGGGGCCUUGUCAGGUCGCUGUAAACUGGUGGCGGGGCCCCCCACCUCAGAAUAUGGCUAACACGUGACCAACAACUCAUCUAGGUGUUUGAAUUGGGAAAAAAAGGGAUAAUUAGCUUUUUGCCCGCUCCGACAGUCUGACUCACUCUCCGUUGAUGAGGACUGAUGAAUGGUUCACACAAUGAGGACAGCUGCGGGGCGACAUGGCUCAUUGACGAAAUGAAAAUGUUUACAAGAGUCGAGGACGUCUUGUAAUGAAUGGAACCGGCUCGGCCUGAAAUGGACAACACUGCAGGACAGUGGUUGAACGAGACCCAUUGUGAAUGAAUGAGCAUUAACUAUUGGUUUAAUUUGCUCGACGACCUUGCGGGACGUCUGUAUGUGAUUUAUUUCAGUGUGGUCAUAAAUAUAUGCAUUGUUGGUAUAAAUUGUAAGCAAUCUGUCAAAAGAAUGUGUUUUAUGAUAUGUAGUUCUUCCAGGACUUCCUCUUGUUUAUUCCAGUGGAAUAUUAAUGGCAUCAUCUUGCCGUGCAAACAAAGCUGCAUCUGAUUUGUGUUUUUGAAUAUGCUCGAAUUUUGAAAAUGUGUCAGCUUUGCAACAAAAGAACAAUAAAAAGGUAAAAGUC